AUGAAUGUCCAAAAAGAUAAUAAAACCACAACCGUUGAAUCAAAUGUGACAAACGAAUCUUUUUGCUCAGAUUACAAACCACACUUUAAUAGUACAGAGAUUAAUUCUGUGGACAAUUCACAUAUAUCUAUCAAAGGCAUCGAAUUGAACAGUGAUCUGCAUAAAAAUAAACAAGGAGUUAGAUAUAUUGAUAAAAGUGAAACCGAUCAAAGUUCGAAAAAGUUUGAUCAAAGUUCACUAGUAGAAAAAAAAUGUGAUGUACCAAAAGAAGAAGAAGAAUGUGAACCGGUAGUCGAAAAGCAAAGUGGAUAUAUUCAAUGUGAUGCUGAAGAUACACGUAUAUUUAAGAGUAAUCUGUUUCCAUUCAGUUUGAAUAACUCAACAAACAUGUUAUCAAAUAUACUUAUGUAUCCUAAUGAAUUACAUUCAAAUAAACCUAUAAUUUCGAGUUUAAUGCAGCAACCGGAAAAUUUGUCAGAAUUAGAGGGUCAAGGCCCGAAAAUAGAUUUUCAACAAAUUCUUUUACAACAAAAUAAUCAACAACAACAACAACAACAAAUGCAGUUCCAUCAGCAACAGUUUAAUCAGCAGCAAUUUUUAAAAACUCAGUUGAUGUAUGCAAAAUUGUUGAGCCCCACCACGUAUUCGGAACCAUUGUCCGAUAGCGCGUUUCACAUUAACGACAACACAUUCACUACACACUCGCAACAACAUCAGAAAGUUGAAGAUAAUUCCAUUGGUGAAAAUGAUAAAAACAACAAUAUUUUUAACAGUACUUAUAAUGAAAACCAAAAUCCAGAAUUGCCUACCACUGAAUCACUUUGUAAUAAGGCUCGACACUUGCCUCAAAUUAUGUUAUCGAAUCCAGUUACGUGUACCGACACAGAAAAAAACCAUCCAGUAUUAUUGUUAUUAAGAAAUCAGGUAAACACCUUGCUUCAAGCGAAACUGUUUCUGGAGAAACUGCUUAAUCUAACUCAAGACUUCUUAAUAACUGCUCAGCUGCCAAAAUUUGCGUACGAUUCUAAUAAUUUAACUGAUACAGUAAGAAAAGGUUUAUGUUUAAAUGACGAUUCCAUUAAUUACAUGAUAGCAAACAUAAAGCAACUAAUAUUGCAAUGUGAAAAUGCUAAUUUGUAUUAUAUGCGGUCAAUCCAACGCCUGCAGCAAACUAAGGAACAGUUUUCACAUUGUAACAUAAGUUCCGUAGCCACAGCAGCAAUGGCAACAGCACUAAAAUUGUACCCACCUUUAUCUGUAAGAUCAGCAACUGGUAUUUGCAGUUCCGAAAGUGGGAAAAAUUCAGAGUCAGAAAAUGCAAGGUCAAAUAGUUUUGUACAACAAAAAGUGUUUUCGAAGAACUUUGAUGGAGAAGCACUUAACUUAGAUAGCUCUUUGAAAGAAAUUGAAGACAACAUAUUAAAGUUCGUAAGUGAUACUAAAUCCUUUGGCCAUUCUGUUGAUGAUGACAAUAAUAAAAGUAUUGAGUCUGAAUGUAAGGAAAUGAAAUAUGAAAGAAACUCACCGAACUGUUUUUGGCAUCCUAAAUUUAUUGAUAAGGAACAUUCUGUAACUGCUGCUGAAAUAAUACUUGAAUGCGCUGCUCUAACUACGCAAGGGAAUAUAAAAGAUACAGAUGCAGCAGUGAUUGCUUUAAAAUCAGCAAUUGGAACGGUUCAGAAUGCAGUAGGAAAUAAAAUGUAUGAAAAUAAAGUCCAAAUUAAAGAGAACAAAUUGUUUUCUUCAUUAAAAAAGAGCAAGAAAGGACUUCCUACAAACAUUUUACCAAAUUCAAGUGCACCCAUCACUACUGUUAAGAACAAUGGCAUUGUUGAGUCAAUGAUAACAUCAACCCCAAGCAAACAUCGACGAAAAUCAAAUAUUGCUCGACGUAUCAAUACGACGACAGCUACCAUGACAGCAUCCGAUUCAUCUACUAGUGCAAUAUCAAAUGCAACGUCAGCAUUAGUAAAUAAAGUAAGUCAAAUUAAUCCAUAUAAUAGCCAUGUAUUCAGUAGUACUGCUACGAUUCCAACCUUAUCUAAUGUCUCAACACAUAUCGAAAGUAAGUAUUCUUCAAAUGCAACUAUACUUACGACAACAAAAUCAUUAUCAAAUGCAGUGACCACUUCAACUGAAAAGUCACCGCCACCAGCUACAAUGUCGUCCCCAACAGUAACCGCGCCCGCAACAAGUGCAGUAGCGACUGUUGCUGCUUUUCACGGUAGAACGUUCACAGAUAUUUUUAAAGCUCAAUUCAAUGCUCUUACCGCCGCUGCUGUUGUUAUGAAUGCUGCAGCAAUAGGCAAUUCUUGCCCUAGUGAUAUGCCAUUCGAUUUAAGCAUUGGAUCAAAAUUAAAGCAAACGUAA